AUGAAGAGCUUUCGUCGGCACUGUCAAACCCCCCAACAUCUGGAGGCUAUUGUGCUUUUCGAAGCUCAUAUUGCGGCGCAAAAUGCCACCCUGCCAGGGCUCCAUCCUGGAAACCCACCAUCGCCAGUUCAUCCAAUCAAUGAACCAGUUGAUCUUAUUGAUGACAAUGGCCCCGAGGACCUUCAAGAACGGCCACCCUCCCCGUUUUCAUACUUGCGCGCGCUCGAAAAUGCAGACAACACUCAAGCCAACGACUCUGAAGACUCUGACCUGGAAGCAGACAUCCACAAGAUCGCUGAAGCUAUCUGGGCCAUGGAGCAAGACGGCGGGGCCGAAGAAGAUGAAAUGGUCGAUGACGGCGCUCUUGAGGCCCAUGCGCGUGCGGUUCCAGAAUCAUCCGAAUGGUAUCCUUUCAAAAGGAAAGAGUAUUUUAUCUCGAUCACAGUACCAUCGCAUCAGAUCAAUCUUGCGUAUAUGCGACAUUGA